CUUUUUUAUUGGCUCGACAAAGAGUUGCAGCCUCAGGAACGCGGUUAUUGGUGCCUCAUUUCUGCCUGGGCGUUCCUUCAAGCCUCAUAAAGCUGAGCCAUCUCCCGAGUCCUCCUGCGAUCCUCAGACGACGAGUCGACGACUCGACGACUCGAACUAGGCAGCCUUUUGUCUUGUCCCCGUUGCCGACUCCGCUCUGUCAACAGAAGCCUCUACCAAAAUCAGCCUUGCUGGUUGUGUUUUGGAUGGCUGAGGCGGAUUUUGUCAACUGUAAAUACAUCGUCCCUCCCUUAGUCUCCGUGUACAAACUCUCCUUUGUCGCUCCCUUGUAUCAAUGACGUCUCGUUGCAAACCUUGGACCACAUUUUGGAAAGAACUGUUCACCGCUAUCGUUCGACAGCAGUGAUAUCCUUAGAUUUUCUCAAGAAGCCUACUCGCAUACGCCUGUGACGAUCUCUGGUUGAACCCCGAUCAACUGCGAUCUCUUUGGACAACACUCAUUCGCGCUGGUUCUCGGACAAAAUCCAUUACUGCAACUCAGAGAGCGGCCCGCAAGAGGCUUCCAGGUUCCUAAGUCUUCGCACUACAGUUGGUCUCACUUUACCUGUAUCCUGAAAGGUAAAGUUACCGGCUGUUGACUGUCAGAGCAUUGCCGGCAUUGAUAUUAAACUCAGAAUACUGAUGCAGGUCAGAUCUGUGACAUGGACCAUCUGUAGGACUGCGCUGGCUACUCACACAUACUAUUUGACCCCUGUGGCAUCAUAUCCCAAUAUCUUCGUCGUUGGGCUUCCUCCUAGGUGAUCCCACUCAUCUUUGCGACCGACCGGACCAAAAUGGAAGCAACGCAAGAAUCAACUCAGCCCUGCACGGAUCCUCGGCGCGCGGGUUUUAGUAAUUCUGGACUUGAGGGACAAGAUCUGGAAGACGUCAUAUGUAUCCUCCAUCCCAGCUCGCCUGCGGCCCUCGAGGCAGUGGCUGCAACGGCUCAUGUCGCACCAUGGCAUAUUCUGCAGCAAGACAUGGUACAUGGAGGCUCUCUAGACAUUGCUCUUAGACUUUCGUCGAAAGUAAAAGACCCGAAUAUGGGGUUUUGCUUUGGGCGUACGCUCGGCCGUUCAGAUAUUCUCCUCGCUGCCGAUUCUACAUCAAGGCGUAUCUCCAACACUCACUUUCGCAUCUACCUCACAGAGCAGUCCAUUCUCAUGCUAGAGGACAUGUCGACCAAUGGCACUAUUGUAGACGAUUUUCGUCUUCGCAAGAGAGAAAAGGAUAACAGCAGAAUGUUAGUCCACGGAUCCGUUAUCCAAGUGGUCAAUGGUGAGAAUUCUAAAGACGAGGUCAAGUUUGUGGUACGCGUGCCCAGUAGGGAUGGGCAUAGUGAUACAUUCAACAAAAAUCUCGAAGAAUACAUUGAUGAUCAUGUUCAAGAAAAACGACCCGGCGCUGUGCAACCUGCACGCCGCUUACCGUCAACCCAUAGCCUGCAGUCUUGGAAUACCUUCGGGAUGCAUUGGUCGGGCGGCCCGACGUACAAUGUCACGGGGCAGAUAGGAAAGGGAGCUUUCGCCGUGGUGUAUAAGCUAGCCACAAAGCAGCAUGGUCAUGUCUUUGCUUGCAAGGAACUUGACAAACGUCGUUUUAUGAAGAAUGGUGUUCUAGAUCAAAAGGUCGAUAAUGAAAUGAGGAUCAUGAAGGACCUCAAGCAUCCAAACAUUGUCCAGUUCAUUGAACACAAAGAGCACGACAGGUGGUUUUACAUUAUUAUGGAGUAUGUUCCUUGUGGAGAGCUGUCUGCAUACCUGGCGGUUGGGAAGCUCCAGGAAGACAUGGUUCAAAUCAUUGCUCGGCAGAUUCUUCAUGCGCUCCGGUAUCUUCACAAGCGAAAGAUCACACAUCGUGACAUCAAGCCUGACAAUAUUUUGAUUGCGUCUCAUGAUCCUCUGAAGGUGAAGCUCUCCGACUUCGGUCUGUCGAAAGUUGUGCAAGAAGAGACCUUCCUCAAAACCUUCUGCGGAACGCUUUUAUACUGCGCUCCAGAAGUUUACCCCGAAUAUGAGAUGUACCGCCGUGGCGAGGUGAGGAAGCGACGCAGACUAGGUGAUCCGCCACCGAAAACUUCACCGUAUGAUCAAUCCGUCGAUAUGUAUUCUUUGGGUGCUGUUCUCUAUCAUAUCUUAGCCGGUAUUCCUCCAUAUACAGGCCGAGGCGAUGAUCGAGGAGCCCAGAUGCUACGAACCAUCAUGACUACCGAGCCGAACUACAAUAUCCUACGUAGUGCCGGCGUUUCGGAAGCGGGUGUCGAUUUCGUUUCCAAGCUACUAAACCGUGACCCCCAACUUCGGCCCAAGGAGCAAGAAUGCCUCAAGCACCCAUGGAUAGUUGACGUCCCAGAUCUAGACGAAUACGAGGAUGAUAUGAUGUCCGACUCUUCAGGCGGGCUUUCCGACAUAGGAGAAGAUGCCGAGGAACUGGAUGCCUCUCAGAUCUCCCUUGAGGACAAUGUGGAUUUCGAAGCCGAGCUAGGUCCAAAUGACAGCGACCUGGCUCAGUCGAAGCGACCUAGGAUCGAGUCACCCCCUGAUGAUGUUCGCUACCCAUCGCUUCCGAAUAUCGGGAUCUCUCCGGACGUUCAGCAAUCUACUCCCAGGCGCCUUUUUGGAGAAAUAACAUCAUCCGCUGUGCGCAGCUCCCAUGCCUUGGGAGAUGGCAUGGAUGCCUUUGAGGAUAGCAACUUCAGCAUCCACGAUUUUGUUUCUUCCACCGGUGAGUCCAUGAUCAGUGAUGGCAUGAGUCUCAACUCCGUCCUGUCCCUCCCGGAAAACCCGGUUACUGGAUCGGCACUUAGCUUACUGGGCGCUGAGAACCUGGUUCGGCAGCUCAACAUGAAUUCGUGGCACCCUGGCACUUCAAGCAGCCCUCUCCUCUCCACCGAGGCACCAAACCAUCGACCCAGUAACGAUGCCGCGGCCGGCGACGAUGAGGAUCGGGAGCAGGUUCGGCAACUCGACUCUGACCCGACGCCUAGGGCCGCCAAGUUUAGCCGACGGAUCGAGUUACCAAUCCCGGAUACUGCGAGUGAACGUUCCAGCUCGGAUGAUAGUGCUACGCGGCGCACAACCGGCCUCGACAGCGAAUCCGCAACCUCGGCAGGCGAGAUCUUUGACAUCGAACUUGCCCAUACCAUGGACGCCAAAACCGGUCUGCCGAUACCCGACGAAUCUGAGAGAUUGGGAUUCCAACCGCGGGCUGAGCCUGGCCAAGUUGGCGGGCCUGUCGUAAUUCCCAGGCUGCUUAUUUCACCCGACCAGUCACGACCCCUGUAUGGUAAAUUAAGAACGGUUCCUGGGUCAAUCUUGGACCUUACCCUACCCCUAAAGGAGCGAAUGACAUCCUGGGGCCGUGGUCCUCUAGCGAGUAUCUGUUAUCCUGACCCAUUGGAUGCUCGAGUCCCAGCUUAUGCCCUCGAAGUGACUUUUUGGACACCUGGAAUCGAGACGCGCAUUGCUUCUGGACAGGACUGGAAGACUGAACCCGGGCUGAUGUCUGUUCUCUCAACGAAGACGCGCAAGUGCAUUUGGGUGAACGACAUCGAGCUCCGCAAAGGGCCAGAUGGGCGUGUUCAUUACGGCAAGUUGUAUACCGGUGACAUCAUCACGAUAUACCGCGGCCGCAAUGCAUUCCUCAAAUUCAGAUGCGAGUUCUAUAUUGGAGACAGCGUGCGCGAGCGGCCAGAGCAUGAAAAGGGGUUCUCGGUCCGCAGACAUCUGAUGGCUAAAGAUUCGGCGGCUAACCAACAGCCUGUGCAGCAGAAGGCACAUGGAAAGGUCUAAUGCUGUGUUUGUAUACUGGGUUAUGGGCGGUGUUGAUUUCAAGCAAAAUCUGGACUUUAUACGACGGCUUGAAAAGAAUGUCAUUGUCUAACCCUUGCUUGGUGUUGCGUUUUGGAGUUCUCGUCUCGAAUAGGAGAAAACACGCAGAAAAGAAAAACAGAGAGACAAACGAAAAUGAUUUGAUGUGGAUGAGAGAGAAAACUUGGAAAGCGACACAUGUAUCUUUACUCUGGCUCAUCUAGAAUAAUGUGGAAGUCAUACUCUGCCUAGGCCACCAUGUGGCCGAAAACGGAGUGCUCUCUUGUACGGAGUACUUACAUAGCGCUGUGUUCUUCAGCCCAACCUUGCGAACUGAACCCUUAGACGUCUCCUUGAAACGAACAAAACGCGGAACUAGCAGUGAUCAUUCGCUUCCGGUCUGAUACUGGCUCCUCUUGAAGGUCCACGCAAUGUCUCAGCUUGACCCCGUGCACCCCAAGUCUCCCCUUCUGAAACCAAGUCGCGGAUCCGUUGUCUCUUUGAAAUGGCCAGGUACUAGUAAGAUGAAGGACAGUAUAGAAGCUCAUCUAUCACAUAAAUAGCAAAAGGCCUCCCAUUAAGUUUCAUUGCACAACCUUCAG